CCGCUGGACGGUUCGCUGGUCGCAUUUGACUCCUCUCUCGCCAUCACUAAAGAAACCCUCUGGAAGUAAAUUUGAACACUCUGACAGGAGUGUAGACCUUAUUGUUAUCAACUGUCCGUGGAUUGUUGAUCUCAGGACCUCAGAAUGGAUCCAAGAGGUGCCCCUAUUAACUGUACAGCAGGAGCUGUGCCUGUGAAAAAUGAAAAAGGUUUGUCGACACACGUUUGUCCAACACAAUGAGAAUUUAGACUGAAAGUUAACUACUUAUUUAACGAAAAAUGACACAUUUUGGGUUUUCAUAGGAGAGUUAACGAUGAAGAAGGUAAAAGUCAGCAGAUAUGUGGCCGGUAAACGGUGAGAUAUUUCAUUCUACAUUUGGCAACGACAUGUAAACCGUAAAUAACGUAUUGUUAGUAGAUUUGCAUGCCUUCUUCGAGUCUGCUGUUGUUACAUUUACCGUAUACUAAAAUUCCGUUUUGUUCGAUUUUAGGCCUGAAUAUGCUAAGUAUUCUAGCGAUGAAGAAGAUGAAGACGAUGGACUAUUGGGAGAGCCUUUUGUCAAAGAACGAGAGCUCGAUGAACAAGAAAUUGACAAAGUAGGUGGUAGUAUAUGUCUUUGACGAUUUUCCAAAGAAAUCUUAUCACGACUUCGAUAGAAUUUACGUUCAUGGGCAUACAUGCAAAUAUGUUUUGGGCCAAACUGAGUGCCCAAAUUUGGCCUAAAACAAACUUAAGGCCAUGAAAAUAAACUCUACAGCAUUAUUGUCAUUUUUGAGGGCACCAAGAAAUGAAAACUGGAAAAUGUGACAAUAAAACAGUUUGGACAAUCACAUGACAGGCUAAAAUAUGUUUCAGACUACCAAAAGCUGCAUUUAAGCCUACAAAAUGUGCCACAAUGCCUAACAAAGUGAUGAUAACUAUUUGUAAUGAAUUUGUUGUGGAAACAUCACAGAACAAGUGAUUGGAUGUUGCGUUAUUCUUCACCAAUAGGCAAUUAAAGGGGUAAUCUUUGAAUCUGUUGUCUGUUCUUGUCUGGUCAUGGAGAAAACAGGAUGAUAUUGUGAUGGAGCCUUGACUCAGUUGGUGAUGAACCAAUGCUCUGGCAAAGAAAAUUUUAAAUAAUAAGCUAUCAUUAAAAGUGAUUGUGACGUAUAUGUGCAUUUGUGGUACUACACCUUGAGGUAAUUUUCAAAAUAGUUCUUUCCUCGAUGCUUUUGAUUAAAGCCUGGGACCUUCUAGGCAAUAAAUCACAGUAACAGGUGUCUUUAGGAAACACAUGUGGACUCCUUCCAAGUAGAUUUGAUGUUACUAAUUUUAUCACUGCAAUAUCCACAAAGAUUCAGACUAGUUGGAUUAUGGAAAACAUGGCACAAGGACAAAGUUUAAAAAAUCAGACCUCUGAGAUUUUUGCAAAAAGUUUCGAUUUCUAACAAAACAAAUUUUCCGCAACACUUUUUCGUUUGUUAUGUCCUAGCAUCUACUAAAAUGAAUCUGUAUGUUUGUCCUGGAAGGUGUAUGUGAUAUGAUUCUAUAUUAUUUUCUAUGUAAAUUGUCAAGGUUUUCCAGAAGGCAGAAAAGACUGACAGGAGGUUGCGGAGACUGCAGGAAAGAGUGAAAGAUGAAGAUGAGGAAAUGUAAGUUGUGCUAGUGUUACCAUAACCCUACAUGAUGAACUUGCCAUCUGAAAGGGAUGAUUACUGAUCAGACAUGGAGAUUAGUGUAUUAAUCAUAACUGUUAUAGUUUAAUGUAAUCGGUGGAUUAGCCGCUUUAUCUUUCACCAAUUAUUCUAAUUAUUUUUAGAGUUAUAAUCGGACAAUGUAAUCACAUUUAUCACGUAAGCCCUUUUUUUCAAUUGAAAUGGUUAUGAUUAAUUGGUAGCAGGACUUGGUGUAGUCCAUUUCUGUCUGUAAUCAUACUUGUGAUUGACAAGUCAGAUUCCCACUUGGCAGUCAUCCUAUUUUGUCAAUCACUUGUGUCUUAAUAGAACAAAUUUGAUUAUACACAGUCCCAUUACCAUUAUUAAUUAAAAUUAUGAUGGUUGUCCCAUGUUUUUUUUUUUUACCACACGGAUUAUCUUUCCCUUAUAAGGUGACAAAUUAAAAAAAAAGAUAUUGAGUUAUUUAUGUUGUUUCUUUCAAAUGCUUGGGUAAUCACCUUUGAUUGAUUGUUGUUUUACUCCAUCUAAAUGAGGGGAAAGGGGCAACCCUCAUGAUUAUUGUUAUGCCUCCCAAUGUCUGAACACCCAAAAAAUCUCACUUUUUUAUGUUCACUAUUACACAUGCAGUAUCUGACUCAGGGGGUCCAAUUGUGGGAUUGUUGUGAUUUGAGCAAAGUUAUCCUCUCAAAUACUUCUUCUGAACCACUUUGGCUUGUGUGAAAUCCACUCUGUGCAGGAAUGUAACCUUGAUAGGAAGAAAUGCAAUAAGUCAAGUAAAAAUGGAGCAAUGGAAACAGAACCAUACAUAGUUCAAAGAGAAAAGAUGCACUUGUACAGUCGAACCUUGAUUAUCCAGACUUGUCAGGACCUUGGUAGAUAGUCCAGAUAAUCGAGAGUCCAGAUAAUCGAAAAUAUGAAUAUUAAUGAGAUAGAAAUGUAAACAAAAGGUAUACAGCAAAGGAAACAUUUUAAUUGUGAAGUCUACACAACCUGUAUGUAUUUACAAAUAAAAGAUCUCAGUUCAGGUAUUUACGAAGGUCUAAAAUGUUCAAGCACGUUUGUUCGCUUCAAAGACUUGUAACUAGUUCAUCAUUUGUCUUAGCUGCAUUAACAUACACAUCUCACAGGGGAAUUGGCUGCCAUAAGUGUAACCAUUGUGUGAGUAGUAUCAAUGCAGUCCAUCAAGGGUUAGGUUUUCUUUUCUUUGUCAAAAGAAUAUACAGUUGUAGAGAAUGAAAGAGUGAUUUUAAGUUCUUUUCUUCAGGGAUGAAGGGCACAGACGCCGUCCUCAUGAACCAGAAGUGAUUGCCAUGGGGGAUGAAGAAGCUUCUGGGGAAGAGGUACUUUUUUUUUUUUUCUUAUGGUGACAAAUGGUCCAGAUUCUUUAAUAUUUAUUUCUACAGCUCUAUAUUGUUUUUCAAGAUAAUUUUGCAGUUUCUACUCUCUGUGGGUACCAUUUAUGCAGGAUCAAAUGGAGACUAAUCCAAGGUUACUAGAAUUUAAAAACUAACAAUGUUUUUCAUCUCAGUUGAUUGUACUGCAGUGGUCCAGUCUCAUACUAAGGUUCAAACAAAAAAUUAUUUGGAUGACCACAGCUUAGAUUUUCAAGUAUGCAAAUUACUUUUUCUUGUAAAAUUUUUGUUGCUUUUAUUUCCUAUGCAAAUGUGUAAAUUUGGCAUUGAAUUCACAGGAGAAAAUGUGAAUCCCACUUUGUUUAAGAAUUAUUUGUUUCCAUUAGCCAUGCAGAAAUUUGGUGUGGCAAGUUGAAAUUUUUCUUUGAGAGAAAAAUUGUAACUUUAUCAGAACAGCAUUUUGUAGAUUUAAAUGGGUUGAAUGAGAUCAAGCUAAGUGGAUUUGUUUUUUCCCUAUUUAAAAUGUACGUUGAUUUAUCUAUAGCUGUGAAGUAAGCCAGUCUAAUUUAAUUUUCACUCGAAUUUGUUUGAUGAAACACAAGUGUAUGUUGUAUGUGUUUACUGCUGAUGCAAACACAAUAUUGUACAACCUUUUGUGAUGUUUGUCUUGUUAAAAUAUGUUUUAUUCAUCCUUAGAGUGACAGAGAACAGAGAAGACGGUUACCAAGGAUGGAAGAGAGUAGGUUAGUGUUGUUUGUUUUGUAAUCAUUUUCAGGUCAUUAGAAUUUGUGGCAAGUGAUUUAUGGCAAAGUUUAUAAGUACAUCUAUCAAAAGAGUGGUCAAAAUUGACCUAAAAUCAAUGAAAUUAAACAUUUUGAGGUUGUACUAAAUAGAAAAAUUAUUUUCAUCCUUUCUAGUGAUGAAGAAGAUCUGGAUGAAGAGGUUAGUGUUGUAAACUUGUUGUUUUCUAUAUUAAGUGCACUCUUCAAUUAAGCAGACACAGAUACCCAAGUUAACCACUAGGUUACUUCAAACCUGAACUAAGAAAAUAGCAUAAUGAGGUACAGUCGAACCUCGAUUAUCUGGACAUCGAUUAUCCGGACUUUUCAAUUAUCCAGACUUUUUCUCUGGUCCCGUUUUUUCAUGAAUAUUAAUGACCUUAGAUGUUAAAAACUUUAGGAGGUAAAAAAAUUCAGAAAUUAUGUUAAAAGUCAGGAAAAUUGUGUUUAAAACAGCGCAUUACACGCUCCGCUUUCAAAAGAUCGAGCGCUCGGAGACAAAAAGAGACAAGAAGCAUUCUAAUGCGUUCAGCUGAAUUUUGAUUGGUUCUGUAUUGUUUUGUUGCCAAGGUAAUGUCAUGCUUGAUCAGUCCAAUGAGCGUGGGUUAUGCAAACACACAAGACAAUCAUAACUCGAUUGUCUCAUUAAUAUUCAUAUUUUCGAUUAUCCGGACUCUCGAUUAUCCUGACUAUUUACCCUAGUCCCACUGAGUCCAGAUAAUCGAGGUUUGACUGUAUAUGUGUGCCAAUUCCAUCAUCUUACAAUAAAGGAAAAACUGCUGAUUAGCCAUGGGGAUAUGUUUAACUGGGGCCCAGUAUGCAAUUUACACCUUUGUAAAUUUGUUGUUUGGCAAUGAGCUGUUUGCUUAAUCCUGUAUACACCCUUUAACUCCCAUGGUUCACCAAUACAUAAUUUAUCUUUACAGUGUCAGUACAACAUCAUACAGAUAUUGUACUGACCUUGUACAGAGUGCAGAGAAUAAGUAAAAAUAUCAGCUUAGGGAAUGAUCAGUUCAUCCAAUACCAAAUUCUCAGAACUGACACAAGAAGAAUUGUAUGGCAGACAGUAAGGAGUAUUAGUAGCCAGAUAUUGGGAGUGAAAUGGUUAAGCAGUCAUAAGUAAUGGUAAUAGGACCAAGUAGAGUCCAUUUUGGUCUGUAAUCAUAUGAGUGAUUUACAAAAUUGGACAACUCUGAAGCUGGAGUCUGAUUUGUCACAACUGGACAACAUUUAGUCCUGUUAUCAUUACAAUUUCAGAAAAACUUCCUCCAUUUUGGAAUUCCCUGUUUUUUUGGUUUUUUUUCAGGAUAAGAGGUUGUUCAACAGUCUAAUUACACUUUCUGACUACAACUGAACAGAAUAAUCACUGAAAAAUAAAGCAGCUAAUGCACUAAUCACAUUUGAGAAAAUUGUAAUGGUUAUGAUUUGUGAGAGUAUGGCAAUUGCAAAAGCAGGUUUUGUUGUACUGUUGUAAGAACAACAUUGAAAACUUCCUCUAACAUCAGAAGUCUCUUACAUGAAUUAAAAUGUAACUUCUCUUUACAAGUUUUUUGUAUUCUCCAUAUUCAGUAUACACAAUUUAUGCAGGUUUUGUUGUACUGUCACAAGAACAACAUGGAAAACUUCCUUUUAACAUCAGAAGUCUCUUGCAGAGUUAAAGUGUAACUUCCCUUCACAAGUUUUCUGUAUUCUCCAUAUUCAGUAUACACAAACUUAGACUCAUCAAACUCUCCAAACCUAUUUAUAAGUAAAUGUAUAUGAAACAAAGGGGAGAUGGGGGAAUUACUAAUUUGAUCCUGAAAGUUUGCUAUCAAACUUUAAAAUAUUCUUUAUGUACAUGUAGCAUUCAUGUGUGCAUUUGUUAUAAUUUCAUCCCUAUUCUAUCAUCUUUUAGGCAACUGAGAGAAGAAGAGCAAUGCUCAGGGAAAGGGCAAGACAAAGAGAAACUGAAAAGGUGAAUUCACAGUUACUUUUUAAUCAGUAAAGUGUUUCAAAAGGUCUCCUUUCUAUAGUUGCUUUUAAAGUGUUUUAAGUAAAUUACAGAUGGAAAUGCAUAUUGAAAUCCCAUUUACACCCUUUGAAAGAGAUUUAAUUGUUUAUAACCUAAAUAGAGGCCAUGUGUGAAGAGGGUGUGUUUCUUUAACCAUAAGUCAUCAGUUAAAAUGAUGCUUAUGGGGACUAUGUGCUUCAGCAAGAAGCACACCCACUGCAGAUUGUCUAGCUUACUAAGGAUUUCACUGUAACUCAUGGGUUUAAAUCCUGUACAGGCCUGAAUUUUUUCCAGCCUUAUUUUCACUACUCAUUCAGUAGUACUCAUAACAGCAAGCAUAACUUCUAUAUUCGUUUCUUCAACCUCAGUGCACUUAUAUGAUUUUCACAUAUUUACAGUCCUAUAUUCUCCACUUGGAGGGUUUAUUUGUAAUCAACAUAAUAACCAGCUCCCAAUUGGCCUGUUAGCUCAGUUGGUAGAGCACUGCACCAGUAUUGUGGAGCUCAUGGGUUCAAAUCCCAUACAGGCCUGAAUUUUUUUCAGGCCUUAUUUUCAGUAUUAGUUCAAUAGUAUUCAUAACUAUGAGGAUCCCUUCUAUAUUCCAAGGGAGUGUUUAAUCACAAGAUGGGAAUGUCUGCUGUUAAAAAUCUUGCAGAGAACUGGGAUAUUUCUUUUUUCUCAAUCACAAGACAAAUGAAUGACAUCUUUCUCUAAUGGAAGGUCUUUUUUGAUCUUUUAGGACUUAAUGGAUUUAGAAGAAGAAGCUAAAUCAGAUGAGGAAGAGGAAGAAGAGGAGGUUUGUGUACAAUCAAGUGACAAAUGACCUUUUAGACUCCCCUCUUGGGACCAAACAUCAGUGAAUUUGAUGUAGCUGAGCUUUAUUCCCUUUCUAGAAAAUGGAAAUUCUUAUAAGCAGUUCUUUUGAAAGAAAACUUUUUACAUUUUUUUGACUUGAAUUUGCCCAUUAUUACCUGUGUACAGCAUUUCUUCUAACCUGUAUAACAUGAGCUAAUGAUGCACAUCCCAGUUUCACUCUGCUACUACAGCAACUCAGCAGUUGUCAGUGGUCAGUACCAGUUUCUAUCCUGUAAUGAAAACCAUGCAUAUGAUCAAGUAUUUAGUUUCGCUAGACUAUUUUGGGAAGAAACAAUUGUAGUAUGGUUUUGAACUUUGUUCAUGUGCAGAUGGAUCUGGGGUGGAAUACUCUUUUAAGGGGCUAUUUCUUUUGUGUGUGGGGGGGGGGGUGGGCCUUUCCCAAUUUUACAAUAUCAAGCAUAACUAUGUAAGAAUAAAUUAUGUCUUUUUUUAGUCUUCAGAAUAUGAAGAAUACACAGAUUCUGAAGAGGAAGGCAACCAAAGGUUUAAACCAGUGUUUGUGCGCAAGUAAGUUUUACACAUGAGCUGUUAUGAUGAAUUUAAAACACAAUAUUUCACAGUUAAUUAUUGAAAAAAAUUUAAAGGGAGUUGGUUCUAAACAACCUGAUUUUAGCAGUUAAGGUGGACAGGGUACAGAUUUAACUGGCAAUAGGACUGGGCAUGUCUAUGUCAGGUCUGUUAAGUGCCUAACCUAAUAACAGUCCUUGUGGCUUUGCUGAUGUAACAACUGUUAUAUUGAUUUUUUGUGGCCGUAUUUUAUCAAUGGAUUUCUUAUUCCGCAAAGUUUUUCAUACUUUUUCAAGUUGAUAAAAGGACCUUUGUUUCCUUUCAAAUCUGAAAUGAUUGAUAAAUGACACUUUUGUAUUAUCAAAAACCACCAAACUAAUGCAGACACCUUUUUGCAUUUAACAGGAGUGACAGAGUCACUGUUCAAGAACGCGAACAGAUGCAGCUUGAUCUUGAGCGCAAAGAGGAAGAAAAAAAGAAGGUUCACGAGGAAAGGGCAAAAUCAUCACGCAAGGUACAAAUUCCUAACAGACAUUUAGAAGUUUACAAGGGCACAGUGUCGUCCAUUGUAUAAAUGUUGUUACAGUUUUAGUGCAAUAUGUUUUAUUAAAACUUGUGGAGGAAAUGGAAGGGAAGAAAUACAUGCGUAUGAACUGCAAUUUCGGUAAUUGCAGAAGAAAAGCAAAAAAAAUCAGGUUUUAAAGUGAUUCGAAUCUGUGCCUCCAAGAUCACUGGUACACGCAGCUGAAUUCAAUAUUACUUGGUAAGUAGUAUUGGUCUACCCCUCCCCGCCCCCUCAGUGAUCAAAAAGUAUUAUCUCCUAACAGUAUCAUUAUUCUUGAGCUGACAAAAAAUGACAAUGAAGAAAACUUCAAACUAGAGGAUACCGUAGACAGGGGAAGAAAAUGAAGACAAUGAAUUUGGUAAUGAAAAACUGAAGCAUCAAAUUCUCUUCUGUUUUACAGCUUGUUGAGGACCUUCUUAGGAAAGAGUUACAGGAAGAACAAGAAGGUACAUUGCUUUUGAGGCUAAGAAACCCAGGCAACUAGUGGCUGAGACAAAUGGCAAGGACAUAUGGCACUCAUUGUAUAGUUUAUGCAACAUGCAACUUUCAGAAAAAUCUUUCUCCCUGCGACAGAAAUUUUACUGCAACAAGUCACAAAAGCAGUAUGUCACAAACAAGUUUUGGAAACACUACACAGAGAGCACAGAGAGUAUUUUGUCUCAAAGUUGUUUCGUUGCAAACUUGUUUUGUUAGAAAGACGUGUCACAACCUAUUGCUGCCUCAUGUGUGCCCCGCUCUUUGAUGUAACGCUGCUCGUGUCAUCAAAGGAUGUUUAUGUUAACUGAGCUAUUUGUUGUUGCAGUGGAGAAUGAGGAAGACAUCAUAAUCACAGACGAUGAAGAUGAUGAAGUAGAGGUAUGGUGUCAUGCACAUUUUCAUAUCACUUACUGGCGUUGAUCAAAAUCUCUUUGUGAAAAAUAAGGUUGCAAAUCAUUUGUGAAUGGUCAAGUUUGUCAUUUCGUAUUGUCUUGAACACUGGAUUUGGACAUUUGUAGUUAUAAGCCAUCCCUUUUCUUCUAAUUACCAAGGUGCUGAAACUGUGAUGAAGUAUUUUUAAGACUUCGCAUGGUGACAAUUUAGUGAAAAGGAUAGAUACGAGGCAAUAGCAAUCGAAUUCGUGGAUCAUGUAAAUUUGGUUUAGUUGGUUGGGUUUCGUUCUGGUGUUUGUUUAUUUUUCCUUUUUUUCCAGUUCAUAACAAAGGAAUAGAAGGAAAGAGGGAUCUCUCACAUUAUACAUAUUACUUCCAAUAAAAUUUAAUCCAUUUUAAACUUAGCGAUAAGCUGUAAAUGGUCUUCUCUGGUGCACAUCUAACUAAAAUAUUUAUUUCCUUCAAAGUACGAAGCAUGGAAGGUCCGCGAACUAAAACGUAUCAAAAGGGACAGAGAUGAACGGGAACAGUAAGUACUUCUGUUGAUUGAAUUUCCCUAGAGUGGCAUAGUCUCUUUUCGUAUACCCUCAAAGCUCCUCUCCUCUUCUCUCUCCCCGAAUAUGAUUGGGUUUCAGCAAAUUGUCUGGGAAACUAGACAGAAUAUCGGAGGGCGGUGUCCCCUCCUCUUUAGCCUUUGUAUUCUCCAUGCUAGGAACACCACUGGACGGUUCUAAGUUUGACUGGUUUAUCGAGAGUUCGCUGAAAUUUGUUGGUUUUAUCUCCAGGUUAGAGAGGGAACGGCUCGAGGCUGAGCGUCUACGCAGUCUGACAGAAGAUGAAUGGAGAAUGGAAGUGAAGAACAAUCCGAAACAAGUCACGAACAAAGCGAUCAAAGGCAAAUACAAGUUCUUACAGAAAUACUACCACCGGGGAGCCUUUUUUAUGGUGAGUGCACACACUUGUGGUGUUUUUACAGCUGUAUAGUGAUUUGUUAUGGAACUCUAACCAUGCUACACGUACAUUGUGCUAACUCAUGAUGUUCUUUGUUCCGAAGGACAAAGAAGAUGGUGUGUACACGCGCGACUUUGCUAAACCCACGCUGGAGGAUCAUUUUGAUAAAACAGUUCUUCCUAAAGUAAUGCAGGUAUGUAUUAGCUGAACUUUGCAUACUCCUUAAAUACAUGAGACCAAUUUCAAAAGAGAAUGGAAUGCAAUUUGGUUUUGCUCGGGCUUCCCGUCAUUGCAUCAAGCAGUUGGUUAAUAGACCUUCUUAUUGGAUCACUUGUAAAACUAGCUCCAAUCGCAACUUGUUUAGCCGCGUUGUUCCACACAUCAGGCAGUUCUAAUAUACCACUUUUAGUUUCCAUGGGCUCCUUGUGACAUUUUCCUUUGUCCCGAAUUUCUCUUUUGGUUGCUAAAUGGUUCUGAUCAACAAUACUUAAUCGAUUUGCACGCUUUAAUUAGUUACCGCUUGGAAGACAAUGGCUAUGAGGGUGCAAUGCCUGUUGACCUAAGAUCCACGCCUUUGAACCUUGUUCAAGUUUAAUUUUCUCAUUCUUAUCUAACUUGGUAAUCAAAAUUCUAAGUCAGGAGGAAGCCUGCUGUAAACAAGUCAUCCACUAAGGAGGAAGGGGUAGUACUCAAAGAGGCAAAAGCUCUUAGGAUGCGAAGUAAAUUGGCGUUCCUAAACGAAGUCUUUAGAUGGUGGAAGUUUCCUUCAAUUUAGAAGCGCCACCCACCCACCUUUGAAAAAAAAUUAAAACAUGAUAAUGAUAACAGGCUAGACUUUAGGCGCCGUGUUAGGUAGAGAUAAGGCAACAGUGAUAUGAGGCAGGAGGGCAAAGAGAACCGAACAAAUAUUCAACUAGGUAGAGAAACAAAUUGAGCUUCAUAGGACUUCUUUCGAAUGAGGUCAGUCACGUCAUGAUAGCAGUUACACCGUGCAUCUUUUAAAAAUAGGUUCACAAAGCACAGUAACCUGUACAUAGCAACAAACAACGAGGGAAUCCUGUAGAAAAGAAGAAACUUUGAACGCGAGUAGGUUUAUUGACUAUAUGAGGAAUGUUCUCCGUUGUAGGUGAAGAACUUUGGUCGAUCAGGCAGAACGAAGUAUACGCAUUUGGUCGAUCAAGAUACAACACAGGUAAGUCUCACAAUUAAAACCUUCAAUAUGAUUCAUAAAUUGAGGAAAAAUAAAAAACCAAACUCUAUAUAGGAUUUUUUUCAUUGUAUUCUAAAACAAUUAACAACUGGGGUCUGUAGUCCCUGUGCCUAAACUCCCCGUCAAUUGUAUCUCUAGUUCUACUCAAAGAAAGACUCGCCUUCUACUUAUCUUGUAUUGGGCAUCAGUGAAAAUCCACCUUCAUGUUUAACCUUCGUCAGCAUGUGGUCUAAUUGCUCGCUAUUGUUCUUUUCUUCCUUAAAGAUGGAUUCGCCAUGGACGCAGGAGAACACCUUAGCCAUGAAAUUCCACACGGUUCGCGCAGGUGGCAGUAAACAGACAUUUCAAAGACCAAGCAAGAGAAGAAAAUAAUUUGAAUGGCUUAACACUUAAGUUUAUUUGUUCAUCGUGUUCAGUUUGCCGCUGUCACAAAUUUGAUCAACAAAAAAAGGUUGAGUCUGCGGUGUUAAACGCAGGAAUACCUGUGGAAAGGUAGCUUCUAGUGGUCUCGUCCAGUGGCCAAGCGACGUUGCUUUAUUGAAGAUACCUUGUGUAACAGUCUUUCUGCUUUCUCUUGGCUGAGCGGGAGAAGUAUGACCUGAGCAUGAGCCAAACGCGAGUUGCGUGAGUGCGCGCGGAGAAAGCUAGGCCCAUGUUCUCAUGUGACUCCCACUUUGCUGCAAGGAAUCGGAGACCUCUCCCACAAGGGCAAUGUGUUGUAAGAUAUUAUAAACUGAUUAGAUGUGUAUGCCAAAGACAUUUGGAGACUCUAAGGAUAAUCUAGACACUACUUGAACAGUCUUUAGAAACUUUACUUUGGUGCCUAAGGAUCAUCUGGCUUUUGUAACAUUUUCUCGACUCCUUGUAAUAAGUUCUAGUAUCAAAACAUCAAAGCAGUUAUCCCGGUAAAGCUCAUUUCCUUUUUGAACAUAUGGUGGAAAAAAUAAUAAAACAUGGCUUUUUCGAACAGAUAUGCCGUUCAUAUCACUGACCGACCCAGAUAGGGACGAUGAAUCAUUCCUCUCCGUUUCGUGACCUGAGAAAUCCUCACACCAAAGAGAAAAAAAAUUCACGCUGUCAUAUUUCCAAACUCCUGCAAAGCAUGUUCUACUGUGUAAAUAGAAUAAAAACAAGUGCAC